AUGAAGGCCACCACAGACAUGUACACCCCACCACACGUGUGGCUACACCACCACACAGAUGCCCUGGUGAGCAUGGGCCUCGCCCUCCUGGUGUCACUCACUGCCCACUGCUCUCACCCCCAGGCCGAGGGCGCCUCCCAGGGAGGCCUGGAUGCCAGCAGGGCCGACCUGUGGGCCAGUGCCAGCGCCUCCCUCCUGCAAGGUUUCUGGUGCCAGCCAGCCGGCCAGCUAUCCCGCGACCAACUUGCAGCUCUCAUCAGGAGGAUGGCAACGCAACACGUCCUCCUCAGAGCCUGGCAGCUCAGCUGCCUGGCCAACCUGGCCGCCCAACAAGGCCUCCAGGGCGACUUCGAGCUCCACCCCCCUGACCUGCUGCUCUUCUAUAACCUGACACAGGUGAAGGAAGCGGACUGCCGGGCCUUCAUCCGCCGUGCCGCCCAGGGAGACACAGAGCUGCUGGCCAAUCUGCCCGACCAGAGGGCCGCCCUGCGGCACAGGGCCCUGGCCUGCCUGGGAGGGCCCCGGCCAAGCCUCAGCGCCUCCGACCUGCUGCUCCUCGGGGUCCUGGUGUGUGACAUGGACGCCUCCAGCAUCGUGGCUGCAGACCCCCAUGUGCUGCAGAAUCUGCAGCACUGUCCCCGGCUCACAGCUGCCCAGCAGGCUGCCCUCAACAGGCUUCUGGCCAGCGGCAGGACUGUCCUCGGGCCCCCCGGCUCCUGGAACCUAGAGGGGCUGCGGGCUCUGGGACACCUGGCCUCAUACAUCAGCCCCGGGCUGUGGAUGCAGCUGCAGGAGGCCGUGGGCCUGGACUUCUUCCGCAGCAUAGUGGCCGCGUGCCGGGCAGGGCAGCUCAAGCAGCGUGAUGCCAGGCGCUUUGUUACCAGCUUCCUCGAGGCCAAGUCCAAGGCAGUGUCCUCACCAUCCAAGCGGGAUACAGGGAGACCCUGCGUCCGUGGCAACAUCACUGCGGCCACCCUGCACGACGACCUCUUCCUGAUGCGCUAUGACUGCGGGCAGCUCGAGUCCUGCCUGGGCAGCCGUGUGCUCAGGGCCAACCUGGACCCCCUGCUGCAGCACCCGCUGCCCGCUGAGUGCCAGCAAGUCGUCAAAGCUAAGCUAGCUAGGGUCUACCCAGGCGGAGUCCCUGAGGAGCAGCUGCGGCUCAUCCCCUCCCUGGUCUACCUCUACUCCCUCUCGGAGAUCGGCCAGUGGCACGUCACGUCCAAGGACACGGUCGUGACCCUGCUGGCCCCAGACGGGGCCCUGGAGAACCAGACCGAGGCCAUCCUGCAGAAGUUCCUGGACCACAAUGGCACCGUCACGGGUGCGCUGCUCGUGGCCAUUGGGGGCUCUCGUCUCUGCUGGAUGAGCCCCCGGCAGAUCCAGGCCAUCCGGCCCUCAGAGUUCCGGCUGGCCGGGGCCUUGGACAUCUCCUCCUGCCCUCAGACCCGCAAGAACGUGCUCUUUGACAAGGCCCGCGAGGCAUUCGCCAGCGCCAGCACCACGGACACCUACUACCGCUUCAUGCGCCCCUAUCUCGGCGGUGCCCCGGUGGAGGAGCUGCGGCACCUGGCCCAGGCUAACGUCUCCAUGGACAUCGACACCUUCACCAACCUGAACCCCCGAGUGCUGCAGAGCCUGAGCGUGGGCAACGUGACGACGCUGCUGGGUCCGAACGUGGGGGACCUGCAGAAGGCUCGGAGCCACCCUAUCAUCAGCUCCUGGCUCCGCAGCCUCAAUCGGUCAGCCCUGAGCGAGCUGGGCCUGGACACGGACCCCACCGGCCCCACCAGUUCUGCCCACUCGACCACUGGGACGCCCAGCACCACCCUCUGGACGCGCCAUCAAGCCCCUACCUCAGAAGGGCCUGGGAGCGCCGCCCCCAGCUCGGGGACAGUGGGAGGCAUGGGCCCUGAGCCUGGGACGCAGGGCAGCCUGGGAGCUCCCAGCUGGACUGAAGGUGCUCCCUCCGUGUCCUACCUGCAGGCAGCCCACCAGCCCACCUGGGGUACCUGCCACUGGCUAUGGCCCUGCCCACAGGCCUCCUGUGGCUGCUGUAUGGGGGCACCCCAAGGCCCAGCUGGCACCACCCACAAGGCAUGGUGGAGGACCGCACUGCCCCAGCUCCACAUGCAGGAGAACAGGGGUUGGCACGUGAAGCUGGACACCUGCCUAGACCAAGAUGCAGGCCCUGGGGGACCUGGCCACAUCCCCCGUCCUAGGGUCCUGCAGGGCUAG